GGCUCCGAUCAGCCUCUGGGCACGCGCAAGUCCUACUCGCUGGUGGACACCACGCCUGCCAAGACCAUCCUGGUGUACCGCAAUGGGGACCAGUUUUACGUGGGCAAGAAGUUCGUGCUUUCACGGCGCCGCGUGGCCACCUUCGAGGUGCUGCUGGAGCAGCUGACCCAGCAGGUAGAAGUGCCUUUCGGGGUGCGGCGCCUUUACACCCCCACGCGUGGGCGCCGGGUGCUGGAGCUGGAAUCCCUGCGGAGCGGCGGCAAGUAUGUGGCGGCCGGCAGAGAACGCUUCAAGAAGCUGGAUUAUAUUAAUAUAGCUACCCGGAAACCUCCAAACAUGAAAAAGUUAAAGGAAAUUAAACCAGUGGUACAUUCUGAUAUAAAUGUACCUUCUAAGUGGCAGUCGUAUCAGCGUUUAUCCCGUCACAUAAAUGUUUUCACAAAUGGAAAAUUACGUAUCCCACCUGUAAAGAUUAUUAUACCCAGAUUCACAAUGCAGGAUUGGAGUAAUGUGCUGGGCACAGUUGGAGAAAAAGUCUUUCCUUCUGGAGGUGUUCGAAGAUUAUUUACAUUGACUGGGAAUCUUUUGGAUAACUCACAAGAAUUGCAAGACAACCAAUUUUAUGUUGCUGCAGGACUGGAUUCCUUCAAACAUUUUUCUUAUUGGAAGUCCCCAAAGGUUCCUAAAGAGGUCCAAGAAGAGUAUGCGGACAUCUAUAAAUAUCGAAGAAAGAAGAAGGAGGAGAAUAAAGAAAAAGAAGCUUAUAAACUGGACAAAAUUACUUCUAAAGCACAUGGUUCUGUUUACUAUGCCAAAGAAACAAAUAAGAGAACACAGAUACAACCUUUACUCAAAAGUGCUGCAGAAAGCAAUGUGUAUGAAGCCAAGACUCCAAACUUGGAAACUCAAGGGGCUCAGGAAGUUAAGGAUGACAAAAAUUUGCAGGUGGAGGUGCCUGUGGAUCAGAAACCAUCUGAGAUGGUUAUAGAGGAAGAGAUAAUUGAGCAACCUUCCUCCGCAUACAAGAUCCCAUCUGCAAUAGUUAUAGAAGAUACAGGGAUAAAUGACCAAACCAAUUCUGAAGACAACAAGACCCCAUCUGAAAGCAUAAUAGAGAAUUCAGAGAUAAAGGAGCAGUCUAUUUCUGUAGACAGCAAGACUCCAUCUGAGAUCAUUAGAGAAUAUUCAUGGAUAAGUGGCCAAUCUUUUACUGAAGACAAGACCCUCUCUGAGACCAUUGCAGAAGAUACAGGUAUUAAUGACCAGUCUUCUUCUGAAGAUAACAAGACAACAUCAGAGAUUAUUACAGAAGAUGAAGGCAUAAGCAGUCAAUCUGGUCUUGAAGAUAGCAAGGAAGAAGAUAAGAAAAGCUGUGAAGAUGAUGAAAGAAAGGUUUGUAUCAAGAAAUUCUGUAGUUUUGUGUUUCCUACUCUGCAGAGAGAUCUAACAAGACAAUGGAUGGAUUACAGUCUUGUCAGAAACUCCAGGAAAAAUAGAAUAUCAAGGAGAACCAUCAGUGGAACAGCAAUCAAAAGAAAUAUCACCAGAACAACCAGAAGAAGUUCCCAAGAAUCACUUGAACAUCAACCUCUACCUUCAGUACAAGCAUCCCAGGAACAGAUAUCUGAUGAAGAAGAAGCCUCUGAAGAAGUAUCAUUGGGUCAGUCAUCCCAAGAAAGGGUACUUGCCAUAAUAGUAUCCGUUGAACAGUCAUCUAUGGGCCAAUUGCCCCAAGAACAAAUGUCUGACACAGAAGAAUCCCUUGAACAGUCAUCUAUGGGUGAAUCAUCUCCAGAACAGGUACCUGACAUAGAAGAACCCCCUGAACUGUCAUCUAUGAGCCAAUUGUCCCAAGAACAGAUACCUGACACAGAAGAAUCCCUUCAACUGUCAUCUAUGAGGCAGUCACCCCAAGAACAGAUUCCUGACAAUAAAUAA